AUGGUGCAGCUGCCGCACCCCACCACCGAGUGGUCCAGCCUGCAAGACGUCUUCUACCGAAAGGCAGACGUAUACUCGCUCAGCUGGGGCAUCGAAAACCUCGCAGACUACAACGUCGCAGCUGCCUCAAACGGCGGCCUCCUAGCCCUCGUGCGCGAUCCCACCAGGCUCGUCUCCCUAGGCAAGGCAUCCCUGCUCAAGCCAAAGAUCCUCGUAUACACCGCAGCAGGCCAACUCGUCGAGAGCAUACCCUGGGAUCCGUCAAUCCGCAUCAUCGCGCUCGGCUUCAACGCCCUCGAGCAGCUCGUCGUCGUCCUCGAGGAGGGCUACGUCCGCGUGUACACCCUCCUCUCGCCCUGCCCCUCCUCGUCCGACCGCUCCACCCCGGCCGCGAUCCCCGCCGCCGGCGCCUCGUCCUCUUCGUCUUCCCGCCCGCAGCCAGUGGAGGCCACCUCCAACGCCUACUAUACCCAGCACUCGCUCGGCCACGAGGCGACAGAGACCGGCGUCCUCGAGGCGAGGAUCUGGUCUGGCGGCCUCGUCGCCCUCGUCGGCGCGCGCCGCUUCAUCGAAUGGCGAUUCCCCGGCCUCGAGCACGACCCAGACAGCGGCAGCGGCAGCAGCAUCGGCGAUGACGCCCCCGCGAGCGCGAGCCCGUCCGGCUUCGCCUUCGCCUCGCUCGACGACGAGUCGCGGCCCCUGCCCACUCCUCAGCUCCUGCCUCCAGCGGAUCCCGCCGCGCCGCUGCCAUCGGGGUCGUUUGCCUCGUCGUCCCACCUGCCCACCGACUGGGCCGUCGUCCCUCCUGCCGUCUCCUCGACCGGCCUGACCACCGUCCUCAUCGCUCGAGACAAGACGCUCCUCUCCCUCACGCGCUCCGCAUCCUCCUCCUCCUCGUCGGCCUCGUCGGCCUGCCAGGACAUGCGCCUCUCGCGCGGCCCUUUCUAUGCGGUGCGGCCCUCGCCCAAUGGCAAGCUCCUGGCGCUUCUCACCGAAGACUGGAAGCUGUGGGUGGUGAGCGCCGAUUUCUCGCGGAGCCUCAGCGAGUUCGACAUCCGGAACAGCGGCGCCUACGAGGAUGCCGCAGUCGUCGAGGGUGGCGCGCUCGACACUCCCGGCGGCGAUGGCCGAGGCAAGGGCGGCAUCGGACGGACGGGCAUUCGAAGCAUCGAGUGGUGUGGCAACAACACCGUCGCGCUCGCCUUUUCCGACGAGGUGGUCAUGGUCGGUCCCUUUGGCGACUCGAUCCGCUACAACUACGCCGGGCCCGUGCAUCUCGUCGGCGAGGUCGACGGCCUCCGCGUCAUCAGCUCGGACCGCCACGAGUUCCUGCAAAAGGUGCCGGACGUCUCGAUGCAGGUCUUCAGCCCCGGCUCGAGCGAUCCUGCCGCGCUCCUCUUUGACGCGGCCGAGCAGUUUGCCAAGAAGAGCUCCAAGGCCGACGAGGCGAUACGCGCCAUCCGAUCGGAUCUCGCCGGUGCCGUCGACACCUGCCUGCGAGCUGCGGCCUACGAAUGGGACCUUGGCUGGCAGAGGAAGCUGCUCAGGGCGGCCACGUUUGGCAAGUCGUUUAUCGAUCUGUACGACCCGACACCGCUCGUCGAGCUGACGCGCACGCUGCGGGUGCUCAACGCCGCUCGCGCCUACGAGAUCGGCAUCCCCAUCUCGUAUGACCAGUAUAUUGCUUCGGGCCCGACGGCGCUCCUGUCGCGGUUGACGUCGCAGAACCACCACCUCCUGUCGCUCCGCAUCGCCAACUUCCUUCACAUCCGGCCAGACCCGAUCCUGAAGCACUGGGCGCGCGCCAAGAUCGCGCGGUCGCGGCCGCCGCUCGGAGGCUCGAGCGCCGUAAUUGCCGAGUCCGAGGAGCGGCUGUGCAACGACAUCGUGCGCAAGUUCCAGAUGGCCACGACGCUCAGCCACGCCGAUCCGCAGUUUGGCGGUGGCGUGGGUGGCAGCGGCGACGUCGGCGGACUCGGAGACGGGCCUAGUGCUCGUAUCGGAGCAGCCGACGCGACGACACCGUCUGCGAACGGGAGCGGGCGAUCCGGGAUGGGCGUGGCGAUCAGCUUCUCGGAGGUCGCGUGGACGGCGUGGAAGGCCGGGCGGCGCAACCUUGCGACGCGGCUGCUGGACCACGAGGCGCGGGCGAUUGACCAGGUGCCGCUGCUGCUCGACAUGCACGAGGACAAGCUGGCGCUGGUCAAGGCCAUCGAGAGCGGCGACACGGACCUCAUCUACCACGUCCUGCUGCGGCUGAUGGCGCAGCUGUCGCGCGGCGACUUUUUCCGCAUCGUCCAGGCGCCCAUCUCGGACGCGCUCGCACCUACCUCGGCGAUCGAGGCGUCUGCGUCUGGGCGCGAGAAGUCCGGGUCCAUCGGCGGCGGCGGCGGCGGGGCGAGCGUGCUGGCGGGCACGGGAUGGCACGGCCUACAGCCUACGCGGCAGCACCUUGCGCUGGCGUCGAACCUGCUCGAGGUGUACGCCAAGGAGGUGGAUCGGGACCUGCUCAAGGACUUUUACUACCAGGACGACCGACGCACCGAUUCGGCCCUCGUCGCCCUCGAGGAGGCGUACGCCAUCCCCGCCGACAGCGAGGCGCACGUCUCGGACAAGGUGUUUAAGCUCAAGAGCGCCACCAAGUUUUUUCAAGAGGACAAAGAGAGGGUGUUGGAGGUCAAGCUGGUGGAAGAACAGACACGACUACUCGCAUUCCAACAGGCACUGGACAAGGAAGACGUCGUCGCCAACAACAGCGGUGGCGGCGGCGUCGGUGCGGGCUACCUCGGUCUUUCGCUCAACGAGACGCUGCGCAAGUGCCUGCGGAGCAACCUGCACAAAAAGGCCGAAAAGCUGCGCAGCGAGUUCAAGGUAAACGAUCGCAGGUGGUGGUACAUCAAGAUGCGCGCCCUCGCCGACGGCAAUGACUGGGACGCCCUGUGGAACUUUGCCAACAGCAAAAAGUCGCCGGUGGGCUAUACGCCCUUUAUCCAACGACUGGUCGAGGCGGGAAACCUGUCCCAGGUACCGCGGUACAUGGCAAAGUGCAGCGACAAGGCAGACAAGGCCGCCCUCGUAUCCUACAUCAAUCGCCUCCCCAAUGCCGCGGUCGCCAACGAGCUGCAAGCGAGGCUCGACGAGCUCUGA